GUUAUCAUAAAGUGCAGGCUGUCAUUCGCUGACACUGACAGUACUUAGUUACUUAGUUAUUUACGCUGGGAUGCACCACAGCCAUCAGACAGGUACAGCGAAGAUGUAGGAUAGGUCGGGGGACGUGGCCUUUGGUGGCAGGACAUCAUUUGUUAUGCCUCCUCACGUACUUUUCAAGGCACACACAAUUGCCCAGCUGUGUGUAAAACAAGCCAGACUAGGAAAAUGUUGCUUCUUGCCGCAAACUACUAAACUACACAGAGCCAGCGCUGCAUACGCGGCCAAAGCAAAACCCGUAAAUGUUGCCGAGGAUGCCUCGCAAUCAUCAGCUGACGUCGAUCAUGAUAUAGAAGGCAGCACGGUUGUCGUGCAUCCGGAACUUUUACACGACAACUUAUCGGCAGAGACGGCGACGUUGCCCCCGGCGACCACCCGUCAUCUUGAGAGCCCGGUGCUGCAUCUGCGCAGGGCCAACAAGCUGUUGUUUGGCGACCAGCAAGAGUUCAGCAUCUAUGUGCAGCGUGAUGCGCAAUUGGUCGAUGUUGUCGGUGGCAGCCAGGUGGAGCCACUGAAGCUGCAGAAUGCUGUUCAUCCGAGAGACUUAGAAUGGCGAGCACUAAAGAUAGAUUUGAAGAAACUGCCUGGAGUCUACCUACGACUGUCAAAGCAUCGUCUCACGAUGUUAGUUGUCAUGACAACAGCAGCAGGUUAUGGCAUGGCACCAGGAGCAUUUGACUUGGUCACGUUCCUUUUAGCUUGUGGUGGGACUGGUUUUACAUCAUGUGCUGCGAACACAAUAAACCAAUUUCUGGAGGUUCCUUAUGAUUCCCAGAUGGCCAGAACCAAGGCGAGACCAUUAGUCAUGGGACUUGUCAGUCCACUUCACGGAGUGCUCUUCGCUGCAAGUUCGGCCAUCACAGGCUUGUCGAUCCUAGCCUAUCAUGUCAACCCGUUGACUGCCGCACUUGGUGCUGUCAACCUGGUGCUCUACACGCUAGUCUAUACACCAAUGAAGCGGGCGUCCAUCUACAACACGUGGGUGGGGUCAGUAGUCGGUGGCAUCCCUCCAGUCAUGGGCUGGACAGCCUGCACUGGAGUCAUUGAUCCAGGCGCCUUGGUGCUGGGUGCUGUUCUAUUCGCAUGGCAGUUUCCACACUUUAAUGCGCUCAGCUGGAACCUGAAGGAGCAGUACUCCAAAGCUGGCUACCGCAUGAUGGCAGUCACUGAGCCAGCAUUGUGUCGUGCCACCGCGCUACGAUACAGUGUCGUCAUGAUCGGAGUGUGCAGCCUGGCUCCGGUUCUCGGCGUGACGACAUGGCUGUUUGCCGUCGAUUCGCUACCGCUGAAUGCCUACCUCACCUACCUGGCGUGGAACUUCUACCAGCGGCCCAAUGCAAAGACAUCUCGGCAGCUGUUCCGUUUUAGUCUUGUACACCUUCCCUUCCUCAUGCUGCUGAUGGUGAUCGGAAAGCGCUACGACAACCGGACGAAGGAGGGCAAGGCGGGCACAACGGAUGCACAGGCACUUGUAGUGCAUGCCGCACGGUGACGAGAAAUGCCACAUAGGCUAUUAUAGGCAGUGUAUACAGUGUAGAGGACAGUCACACAGUUGGCCAGGUGCAUUGAUUGGCGUCAGUGACCCAGUAGACGUAUGCCUUAUUGUUACUUAACCCAUUAUAAGCAGGUCUACCAUAAUUGAAAUCGACAGUUUUGCCCUCAUGGUAGUGAGUGGGUGACUUGGUUUGUAAGUGAUUGGAGUAGAGUGUAGUAGUGGUCACAAUUGUUUAUGUCCGGCAUUCAAGGCUGAUCAUUUUAUCAUUUAUUGUAUUGUUAGGGUUGGUUUGCGUUUUCUUACAAAACAGUGAAGUUUGAUCAGUGGCAGUGUUUGUGGUGGGUUAGAAAGUCAGAGUGAAGCUUUGAUAAGUCCAAUUUCACAACUUGUCACUCUGUAACAAGUCAGGCUGGCUGCCAAUUGACAAAAAAAUAGCCGUACUGAAUUGAUUUACAAAUCUGAUGUGGUGCCAGUAAGGAUAUCCAAAGGUACAAAUAGACAAAAUAGGUGAAAUUGUCUAAAUUCUACACAAAAGUGUCCACGAUCUUCAACUUCAAGUGGAUAAAAACCUGACAGUUAUAUCUAAUGUCAUGUUUAUUUGAGUUGUGAUGAAUACUAGGUUGAUCACUAUACGGUAUACGUAGAACUUACAGUAAAUGCUCAAGUGCCUCCUUAUUUCCUGAUUCAAUAGAAGACGUAGUCUUCAAUUCUAUGACUUGGUGAUACAGUAUUAACACAAGUUAAUCAAAUCAAGUGUUGCAACUGUGAAUGUACAUGUGCAAUUAUGUUGAACUUAUCAAACCGGUAGGGGACACAAAAUAUGCAAGGAGCGUUUGAAUGUCUAUGGAAACAUCUAUUUUUUUUAAAUGCUAUGUCUUAAAUUCCGAAUAACCAACAUAUUAUGUAAUAACUUUGCAGCAAUGGCGACAUUCGAUUUAAUUAGCAGAACUUGUAUCUAUUUGUAUAUAAAUUUAACUGUAAAUUGUGAUCUCAAUUAAACUCAAGUUUUCAUACUGAAUAAUCAUAA